CGCAAAGUCGUGAGUCGCAAGAAGACUAAUCACAGUCGAAUUUGAGGAGAAUAAUAAAGUUGCGUUCUAAAAUUCAUCGAAAAAAAGUUGUUUCUGUUCUUCCACUUGUCUGUAUAUUGCUCCGAUGUUCUGCGACAAAUCACAAAGUGCGGUUAGAGCGGGCUCCGGAGCUGUUGAAUCUGAUAUUCCCGAGGCGAGCGUCGAGUAUCGCGAUGUAGUCUUGUAUGGCGAGUCCAGGUUACUCCGUUUCACUUUCAACUCGCUAAUCUGUGCGAUGGGCGAAUAGCAGCGUGGCAAGAUGUCUCAGGUUGAAUCGUGUAAGGACCGACAGCAGAAUGAAUUGGAAGUCUUAAAGUCCAUCUUUGGGGAUGAAUUGCGUGACUUGAGAAAGAAUAAAAAUAAGAAAAAAUGGCAACCUUUAGAUAUCGUUAUUACCUUGACGCCGCAGAAAGGCAUGUCCGGACCAGCGGAGAUCUAUGCGCAGAUAGAUUUGCACAUUAUAUGCAGUGACAAAUAUCCUGAUGAAGUACCGACAAUUCAGCUACAAGACAGCAGAGGUUUGUCUCAUCAGCAAGUUGCAGUUUUAUCAUCAGAGCUCGAAAACUUGGCACAAAAGUUGAAGGGGGAAGUUAUGAUUUUUGAGUUUUGUCAACAUGUUCAGAAAUACCUGCACAAGCAUAAUAAACCGGGUUAUAGCAGUUUUUAUGAGGAAAUGGUAUUGAGAAAUCAGGAAAGGGAACAGUAUGAAAUGCAAGAGAAGCAAAUGAAAGAGGAUAAAGAAAGACAGGUGCUGCAAGAUGCCAUACAAAAACGUCAGGAAGCCCUGAAGGCUGAGAUGCGUAAUCGGAAGGAAACGAUUAGACUGACCACAGAUUCUGACACCAUCUUUCGAUCUAUACCGUCGUCUCCGCACGAGCGAGGGACGAGUCGUUUCAGGCGUCGAUGUGUCAGCACGUCGGAAAGUUCCGAAGGGUCAUUGUGCGAGCAUAGAGGUAUCAAGUCCAUCGAAUUUGACAGUAAUAAAGGCGAGAGACUAGUGCACCGGGGGAAAUGCUUGGGACACAGCACGAAGGGUUCCGUAGUGUACGCUGGCGUGGAUACGAUCACCGGAGAACUAUUGGCUAUCACGGAAUGGACGUUGAAAUGCGCGAUAGCAAACGGUAGUUGCUCUACUCAAGAAACCAUCGAUAUACAGCACGCCAUGAAACAGAUUGCCAGUUUGGAGCAAGAGCUAAAUCACUUGUACAAACUGCAUCAUCCAAAUCUUGUACAUUACUUAAACAUGAAAUAUUUGAAAAACAACAAUAGCGUGGUGAUUUACGUGCUUCAAGAGUUCGUGAUUGGAACUACGUGCUCGUUCUUCCUGAUGGAAAACAUUCCAGUCGACGUCGACAUGUUGAGACAUUUGGCAACGGGUAUCAUUGAGGCGUUGCGAUAUCUUCAUGAGAAUAAUGUAGUGCAUAAAGAUUUACGUGACACCAGCAUUUAUAUAGACCACACGGGUGUUGUAAGAUUAUCCGACUACUCUUUAGAUAAGAGAUUGUCAGAUAUGUAUCAUUCAAAUUCCUUAGCAAAGACUGAACACGAUUUUCCAACAAUUCAAGGCCGAGGUGGUAAAAAGGCAGACGUAUAUAGAUAUGGGAUAUUAUUGCUUUCAUUAUUAAAAGGGACUAUCAUAUCCGGGGAAGAAAUCGAUCUAACAACAAUCCCACAGCUUUACUUGAGGGACUUUAUUUCAAAAUGUCUCAUCGACGAUGAGAGAAUGCGUUGGUCUGCGGAACAACUGCAACAACAUGGUUUCAUAAGAAUACCGUUAGAACGAGGUUUAUCGCCUUCUAUACCGGAUCACGAUGAGAAAGAGAAGAAUUUAGAGCCGGAAGAACCGGAUAUCGAUAUUCAGUUGUAUUUGCCGUCGCUGGGUAGACAAUCACGAAUACAGAACGAAUUUGAAGUCUUGAAAUGGUUGGGAAAAGGGGCCUUCGGCGACGUUCUAAAAGUGAGAAAUAAAUUAGACGGCGGUAUCUACGCUAUCAAACGCAUAGAAUUAAAUCCAAAGAAAAAACAGCUGAACAAGAAAAUAACGCGCGAAGUAAAAUUGCUCUCUAGAAUGAAUCACGAGAAUGUAGUACGUUAUUAUAAUUCGUGGAUCGAGAGUGCCACCCUGGACGAUUCAGUCAGGCAUAGUCAGUUCACGCCGAUUACUACAUCUUCAGAUAAAACGACCACCACGCAGGACAAAGCAGAUAUAGUUAAUCAACUGGAAAGUGAUGAGAUAGAAAAGUUUGCUCCACCGUUACGCGACGUUGAGUGGAAUAUAUCAUAUGAAUCUCGGGCGAAUGUGGCCGAUAGUGACGAUGAGAACAGUGACGCCUCGACUGAUUCUGAUAGUGAGGAACACUGCGCGUUUCUAUCAAUGCGAACUUUACUGCGUAUCGAGUCUUCCGAUAGCAUUGAAUUUGAAAGAGAUGAUGAUAUAUCACAAAAGUCCGCAGUAACAUCGGACGUUUCGAACAACGACGUUAAAGAUAAAGAUGAAACCUCUAACGAAGAUAUAACGGUAAAAGAAAUACAGUUUAUGUAUAUACAAAUGGAAUUCUGUGAGAAAAGCACGUUAAGAACUGCCAUAGAUAAUGGCUUGUACGAAGAUGAAGAACGUUACUGGAGACUAUUUCGAGAAAUCGUAGAAGGUCUGGCGCAUAUUCAUCAGCAGGGUAUGAUACAUAGAGAUUUGAAACCUGUAAACAUCUUUCUCGACAGUAACGACCACGUCAAGAUAGGAGAUUUUGGAUUGGCCACGACUAAUAUAUUGUCAUCGUUAGUUCCGACCAUCGAUACCGAUAAAGAAUCACAAUUUGAGAAAGGUGGAAGUUUUGACAUAGAAGAAUUGGGAUCUCUUACUGGUCAAGUUGGUACAGCUCUAUAUGUAGCUCCUGAACUUUCUGCGAAAACUGCCAAAGCAAUUUACAAUCAAAAAGUGGAUAUUUACAGCUUGGGAAUCAUCUUUUUCGAAAUGACGUACAAACCGCUAACUACCGGAAUGGAGCGUGUCAAGAUUCUAUUGAACUUGCGCUCGAAAGAAAUCGUUUUUCCUCCCGAUGUACCAGAAACAGAUAUGCCAUCUCAAGUUCAUAUUAUACGUUGGCUGCUGAAUCACGAUCCAAGUCAACGUCCUACUGCUCAGGAAUUGCUCUCUUCCACACACUUGCCGCCGCCAUUAGAAGAGCCGGAAUUGCAAGAAGUGAUGCGCCACACGUUAUCCAAUAGUCAAAGUAAAGCAUACAGAUAUUUAGUGGCAUCGUGCUUCACGCAAGAGGUUACACCAGCAGAAGAUAUUACUUAUGACAUGAAUUUACCUGCUAGAGGAACGCCAAGUGUUCUCUGCUCGAAAAAGCAGUUUCUGCAAGAGAGUGUAAAGCAAAAAAUCGUUGAGAUAUUUCAAAAACACGGCGGAAUAUACCUCGCGACCCCGUUGUUAAUGCCUAAAUCCGUUCAGCAUUCUAACUUUACCGAAUCUAGCGUGAAAUUGAUGACUCGUACUGGCAGUAUAGUUUCUAUACCUCAUGAUCUUCGCAUUCCUUUCGCUCGAUACGUUGUAUGGAAUAAUAUUUCGCACAUUCGAAGAUACGCUAUUGAACGCGUAUUCAGAGAUAAAAAAGCUCGAGGAUUUCAUCCAAGGGAAUUGUACGAAUGUGCUUUCGACAUUAUUAGUCCUGUAGAUAAUAAUUUAAUGACAGAGGCUGAAUUGAUCUUCAUCAUAUGGGAGAUUUUUAACGAGCUACCGCAGAUCCGGGAACAUAAUUUCACUGUGCGCUUAAAUCACACGUCGCUAUUGGAAGCUGUGCUAAUGUAUUGCGGCGUAGAAAAGGACAAGUAUCAGGACAUAUAUUCCAUACUACAGGAUGCCCGCGACGGAAAGUUAACUAAGUUCCAGGUCCAAACACACUUGAUAAGCUUAUGCCUUACCGAUCAAGCUAUGGAAACGCUUUUUAAUUUGCUCGAAACGGAAAGCUCCGUUGCAAAAAUCGCCAGUGUCCUAAGGACAAUAACGAAGAGAAAAGGAGAUGCCGCUGCUCUAGCCAAGGAAGGUUUGAAAGAUAUAGAGACUGUAAUAUCUAAUGUAGAAGGUUUGGGUGUUAAGUGGCCUAUUACUGUCGUACCUUUAUUAACAUAUAAUGUACAACAAUACAGUGGUGUGAUAUAUCAAAUAACUUGCGAGCUAAAGCAUAGACGGAGACGAGGCGGUCAGGAUAUCAUAGCCGCGGGUGGGCGAUACGAUAAAAUGCUGGUAUCAUUUAGAAAAGUUCUAGAGCGCACCGGAAUGGCUAGUAAGGAAACAAAACAAUAUGGUGCUGGUAUUAGCAUAUCGUUAGAUAAAUUGGUGUCCGCUGUUGGCGAGGCAUAUGAGAAUGGCGAAAGUAAAUGGGGUAUUGACGUGGCUAUCUGCUGCGAGGGAAGUUUAGAGAGCGAAGGAAGAAGAGAAAAGGACAUGAUUAACGUAUUACGAGAAAUCUGGUCAUUAGGAUUGAAGAUCACGAUAUUAGAUCUGUGUACUAUGGAAGAGAUAUUAGAAUACUGCCAAGAAAAUUCUAUAAGUCAUAUAGUAUUAUUAAGAAAUGGUACUUUAAGAGUGCAAACGUGGGAAAGAGACAGAUUUCAAGAGAAGAAAUGGAAUACUAUACAGGACAUUGUUGAAUACUUGCAACGACAGUCGGAAACGGCGUUGCCGAUCUUGAAUAGAUCUGAAAGUAAAGUGAGCGCAAAUAACGAUAUAUCGGUAGCGCCCAGCAAUCCGGUUAACAUUAACAUCAAUUUCAUUCUUUCUGAGCGAGACAAACUGUCCGGAAGUGGCAGGAGAAAUUUUAAGAUAAGCAUAUUAGCACAAAUGUCGUCCUACUUACAAAGAAUAUCACAUAAAGUUCCUGUAGAAAUCUUCGCAGUUUUUCUGGAAAUGUCUGUUAUAAGAACAAUAAUCAGUUUUCUGGAAAUCGACGAGGAAGAACAAGCGUUUCAAAAAAGCAUUCAGAUUGUGAUAGAUAAGCAUCCGCGGCACAAGAAAUAUAUCAAGCAAAUAUGCGACGAAAUGAAGGAAUUACGAAAUGAGAAGUCCAAACCUGUAGAAAUACUUUACAGUCUGAUAGACAGUAGACACAUGACUUUGAUAUAAGUGAUAUUAUCGAAGCCGAAGAAUAUAUUUUCGUAACAACCAUGUGGAAUCAAUAAUGAGUGAUUGGGAUGUAUGUUAAUAUAGAUGAUCAACGUACAAGAUAUUAGAUACUUAAGCAUUUUUUGUACUGCAUUAUAUAUUUUUAAAUAUCAACAUUUAAUAAAAAGAAAAUGAAACCAA